ACAACGAGGGUAGUCAGUAAUGCAUUGCAAAGUUUAGGCAGUGAGGAGAAAUAAACAGUUUGCUGUUUGCAAGUGAAGAUGGCCACCGCGCACAGCGGAACGCUCGUACAGAGACACCGAGGUGGUGCAGCAGCUGCGGCUGCUUCGUCUCAGAGUGCCGACAACGAUGCGGCGCCAACAGAAGAGGAUUCCUACGACGACAAAGAGGCGAAGCUGACUCUAUUGGAGGAGAUACUGCUGCUAGGCCUGAAGGAUCAAGAGGGCUACACGUCGUUCUGGAACGAUUGCAUAUCGUCUGGUUUGCGAGGAUGUAUCAUGGUGGAGCUGUCGUUGAGGAAACGCGUAGAGUUGGAGAAGACUGGGCAAAGGAGAAAGAGCGUGCUCAGUAGAAAAGUGAUCUGCAAAAGCAGCUCGCCAACCGGUGAUGCUCUGAUGGACGAAUCUUUGAAGCAUCUGAAAGAAACGCAGCCCACUGACACCGUUGGAAAUUGGAUCGAACUCUUCUGUGGCGAGACGUGGAACCCGUACAACCUGCGCUAUCAGCUGCACAAUGUUCGGGAGAGGUUAGCCAAGAACUUGGUGGAGAAGGGCGUGCUGACCACCAGCAAGCAGAACUUCUGGCUCUUCGACAUGACCACUCACCCGCUUGUCGACCAGACCAUCAAACAGAGAGUCGUCAAGAAGGUGCAAGAUUCACUGCUGUCACGCUGGCAGAACGACCCUCAUCGCAUGGACCGACGCCAGCUGGCCCUCAUCUUCCUGGCGCAUGCGUCCGACGUCCUCGAGAAUGCGUUUGCCCCACUGAGCGACGAGGAUUACGAGGUGGCAACGCGGCGAGUCCGCGAGCUGCUCGAUCUCGACCCGGAGGUCGAAGCUCUCAAGCCCAACGCCCACGAGAUGACCUGGGCCGUUGCCGCCGCAUUCACAAAGUAAAUCAUGCCACGAGAGCUUGCGUCGCACCGACAUUCUUUUUCAGGUACUGUAGUCGAAUACUCGAACGCUGUCCGUGCGCUGUUUUUUAGCCUGUCGGUCGGCAACCUCUGGACUCUCGUCACAACGCUCAGUGCCUGGUUGUUUCGUCCGUUCACUUUGUGUUUGUGUGCCUCCAUGACAGUGGCAAGAAUGGUGUAGCUGCGCCACUGCUCUCUAUCCCACCAUGGCUGGGUUUCUGAUCUGCCAGCGAAACUUGUGUCGUUUUGCACGCCCAGCCCUGUACUGGUCAGAACUGUACAUUUGUAUACAUAGCAUACCUCUUCCCCCCCCCCCCCCCCCCCCCCUCGUCCCAAGUACAACAUCUGCUUGCCUGUUCUAGUCCUGUGCAUGUCGUCUGCUGUUGCUCACACUUAGAUUACUACUGUUGUCUUGAUCCUACCGUGCUGUGUGUGUGCCCAAGAGUGCAAGCUCUCGCCUCGUCUCUCAUUAGCUCCAGCGUACCCUCCCUUUCCCUCCCCCCCCCCCCCCCCCCCACGGGUGUCCCACGGUUCCGCUCUCUAUCUCUGCCUAUUUAUCUCUUCUUUGUUUACAUCCUGCCCCCAGGAUCGGUUUACUCCGCUGCUGGUCUCCAUUCUAUGUGUGUGUCCCCAACCCCAGGAGCGUUCAAUGUAUCCCUUGCUGAGCAUUUAGAUGAGCAGAUGCUUUUAGUCCAACCCCAGUAGAGUUGUUUAUUAGUUUUAUCACGUGCGCUGCUGCCGGCUGCAUUACCUCGCGCCAUUACUGUCGUUCAUUUGCUUGCUGUGUAACCUACCCUAACUCGACUAACUGUCUCAAGUGGCCUACUGCCACCGCGGGCACAGUUUGUCGGUGAAUGCUCGUGCCGCCGUCGCCCUAGGCCAAUGUAACAAGAUAAGCAUUUUAUCUUCUUCGUUUUACGUGCAUGCGUUGCCCUCUUUUCUCGUUCCGCUCUUCUGCGGAAUGUUGUGUCUACGUCUGUUCCGUUGGUCCUCGCGCUUCUUCUGACCCCCACGUGCGUGUUCGCAUUCGUUAUUUUGAUUGGCCCCCGGUGGCGUGCCGACUGUGACCGCCACUGUACUGUUUUGUCCGUGGAUCAGCUUGCACGCUGUCUUAAAAGUGUUUGCAUACGCUCACCGCUGUCUAUUGUGAAUGUCUAUAUCACUCUCUCUCUCUCCCUCUUUCCUGUGGUUUUGUCGGUUGUUUUAAUGUGUCCUUUGUGUAGUGUCCGUUACCAAUUCAUGCUGGAUGUUGUUUCAGGCAUGCUUGAGAAAAGCUUA